UGUUAAACGUACAAAGAGUUACACAUGGUUACACGCUGACUAGUUUUCUUUCUUCCUAACUAACCUUCACCUGAUUUUCAAAAGGUGAGGCCUCAUCCCUCUUAACCUCUAAUUAAAAUCGAUCUGUGUAAAACCCCGUGUAAACUUAUGUAAGCGUAACAUUUCUGUUUCUCAAAUUGCCCCUCGCCACAAAACCAACGGAAGUCUGAACUCUCAAACGGCAAUCACCCUCAAUCUGGAGUCAUGAAUCGACGCUCGCGCCGCAGAGGCAAGCGAGGGCGCACGAGCCCGGACCCGCCGGCGAAGCGCCGCCGUGGCUCGCUGGAGUCGAUGCCCGGCGAGCUGGAGGCCGCUCCAGCUCCGGUUCCGGCGCCGGCUGCGGCUCCGCAGCCGUCCUUAGUGAUGGUCGCCGGGCUGCCGCCCGGGUGCGGAGUGAUAGAGCUAAAGUCGCGCCUGGAGGCGUACGGCCCCGUCGCGCGCACUCGCAUAGACGCCGCCGCAGCCACCGGACACGUCACCUUCCGCUCCGCUGCCGCUGCCAUGGCCGCCAUUGCUGCUUCCCUCGACCCCGAGUGCGGCAUUACCAUCGGAUCCAAGAAGGUUUUAGUUGUACAGGCAAGUGAGGUGCCAAAUAAUCCGACAAGUGUAGUUCCAUCAGUCCCAGCAGAUGCGAGUAACAAUAUCACGAGUGAUGCUUUGGCCACCCCAAGCUCCAGAAUAGCUUCACAAGUGAUCCACAAAGCACGAGAAAUAGUCGCUUAUGAUGAUCUGUUCUGAUAGGCAUUCUUCCUCUAGGUAAGGGAGAAAUCAGUGUGGCCUUGUACAAUAUUAGGUUCUUAGCUGUCUAACUGUAACCGAGGGGUUCUCCUAUCUCGUGAUGUUGCGCUAUAGGCUACAACUAUUGCUCGUCUUCAUCAUUGAACCUAUGUGUAGAUCAAGCAGUGUCGUACUAUGCAAGUUUUCACUUAACUAUUUCAGUACCAUGCAAAUCUGCUAUUAUGCAUGAUGUACCAGAAACAAAGCGAUGUAAGCAUAAAAGAAAUCAGAAAGCAAAACCUGGUUACCGUUUC